UCCAGCCUCGAACUCCUUACUCGCAAACCUAACACUGGCGACGAUCAGGACAAAGAAAAAGAACCCAGCCCUCCCAAGAUGGCCAACUCUGCCAACAAACUGGAACCAUUUGAUCCAGCGGAAGAGUCAUGGGAGAUGUUCAUGAUAAGAUUCAAUUGCUUUCUCCAUUUCAACGACAAUAGCCAACUACCUGAUGAUAAAAAACGGUCGUUUUUCCUCACCAACUGCGGCUCGAAAGUAUUCCGGAUGGCGGUGAACCUAUUGUCUCCAAGGCCAGUCCACCAAGUCGACUGGUCCGUCCUGCAAGAGACACUUAAAGCUUACUAUGAACCGACUCCAUCGAAAUACUCCCAGCGUUUUGAUUUCCGCAUGCGUCUCCAGCUAGAGGGGGAACCUAUCGCUGACUUUAUCGCUUCCCUUCGGCAAGCCUCCUCCAUGUGCGAGUUUGGGGCAUACCUAGAUGAAGCAUUGCUGGAUCAAUUCAUUUGGGGCUUAAGGGACGGCCAGCUGAGAAGGAUGCUACUGGCUAGACGAAACCUCUCGUUAACCACCGCAAUUGAUGAGGCUACAGUAUACGAGCAAUCACACCGAGCAGCUCUAAAGAUGCAGCAGCCAGGGGUGAGUAGGGCUCCACCAGCCUAUCGAGAGGCACCGGUUCAUUACGAGUCCGCCCAAGCCCACACUUCAAGCUCCAACUCCUUCGAAGAGGGGGAGGAAGAAGAGGCGACAACAGUUUGUCGAACAGAGCGUUCUCCCCGGAAAAAAAGUUUUGAGUUUCCCUGCUCUAGCUGUGGGGGAAACCAUCAGAGAAACAACUGCCGUUUCCGUGAUGCAACGUGUCGUCGUUGUGAGAAGAAAGGCCAUUUGGCUCACGUCUGCAGGGCUACAUCGCCGAUUCAAGUUUCCCGCCAGAGAAAUCGCGGGGAAUGGCGGCCAGCUAGCCAGCAGACAUCCCCGCGCAGGCGCGAACAAAAUGGCCGCCAACAGAAGGGCGCGUAUGCAAACCUAAUCACCAUUGGCAGCGCCAUCACAAAACCAGAAGAAAAAACGUACACCAUGGUCACAGUAGAUGGGAAAAAGAUCAAGAUGGAGGUCGACACCGGAUCGCCCAUCACUAUCGUAUCCUGGCCUAUAAUUCAAAAGUUGUUGCCGCACAUUAAGGAAAAUCACCUACAAGCCCAAUACCUGCGCAUCCGUGAUUUCCAAGGCAACAAAGUUCCCGUGAAAGGCACGGCCACCGUAAACGUAGUCUAUGGGCAAUAUAAAGAGAAGCUGCCUAUCACCAUCGUGCAAGGCAACCUCCCAAGCCUCAUGGGUUGGGAUUGGAUCCGGAAAUUAGGGAUCGGGUUAUUUGGAGUACUCGAGAUCAACGCUGACUGCCAAUAUAGGAAGGAUGACCUCCUUCGUGAAUUCCAAGAUGUGUUCACCGGAACCUUGGGCAAUUGACUCAAACCUAAGAGGACUGGAUGACUCACCUGACCCCAUCACCAACCCAACAGCGAUUAUUCCACCAGGAUUUGAAGAAACAACCACAAACAAUCCACAAAAUAGAGACCCAUUGGAAAAGAGGGGAGGCACAGGAAACACCUCCGAAUCAAUGGAAGAGCUGGGAAGUGGGGAGGGCACCUCCAACCAGCAUGUGUCCCCCGCCACAGCUGAGCAGGUUUCUCCCACCAAACCUGAACUGCGUAGGUCAAGUAGAAACAGGGAACGCCCGAAUUAUCUACGAGACUAUUAUGAAUAUUAUUACAAUUGCUAAACUUGCAAACCUGGGUGAAGUGAAAUUCAGGGGGGGAGGAGUGUUGUGUAUGAUCCCAUUGGUGGGAAAUCCCAGCGGGAAAUUCCAGCGGGAAAACAUUUGAAUCCUAUUGGUGACC